GACUCGUACAACAUGGAAUUCAUAUCAAACUGAAUUAUCAACAGUGUUAUAGGUGGGUUGACUGUAAUUUAAUCUUCAUUUUACUUACUUUCCUUUUAAUUUGUAGAAGAUUGAGUUUACGGCCAACAGCAGAAGAACUAGAACAAAGGAAUAUUCUGAAAAAUCAAACUCCAGAAGAAAUGAAGAAAGAAAAAGAGCAGAAAAAGAAAAUGCUUAUAAGAAAGCUGAGUUUUCGACCUACAAUUGAGGAAUUAAAGGAAAGAAAAAUUAUUCGUUUUAAUGACUAUGUCGAAGUGACACAGGCACAAGAUUAUGAUCGACGUGCCGAUAAGCCGUGGACCCGUCUUACGCCAAGAGACAAGGCUGCCAUCAGAAAAGAACUAAAUGAAUUUAAAAGUAUGGAGAUGGAAGUACAUGCAGAUAGUCGUCAUUUAACAAGGUUCCAUCGACCAUGAAUGAAUGAUUGUAGAGCCAGUAUUCACUUUUUCCAAUAUUUUGAAUGAUGGUUUUUAUCAUCUCUUCCUUGGACCAAUGUGAGAAGACUUUUGCAAGAAUUUCCAAAAAUAGAUUCUGCCAGUCCAAAAAAUGUUGAUUUUAAAGGCAGAUAAAGGAAAUCCUGUACAAAGUGAAUGAAUAGUGUUUGGUCCGGUCAUUCUCCGAACAAAAUCGCUCCCUGCCACAGGCGUCAUUCCUUUCGUCGUCGACAGAAUAUGUUUUUGGACUUCCAUAUCGACUUUAUAAAAAAAAGUUAAAGUCCGAAUAUAUUUUUAAUUAUAGUGUAAACAGUUGUCCAGUUUCUUUAUAAAUUAAGGUAGAAGGACCUUCGAUGUUUGAUUGAUCGGCUCGGUAAUCGUUUUGUAAUUUUAUAUGGAAAAUAGAAUGAAGAAACUUUUAAAAAUGAUUAAUUGGCAAGAUAAGUUUUAGGACUUGCUACAAAAUAAAAUUUCUGUUAUGUAUUCAAUUACAUAGAAAAUUGAAGCAUUGCUAGACAUCUAGUAGCUCAAUUGUGAUCUCUGGUGUAUAGAACUAAAUGGUUGUGAACUUCGUUAAUCGAACCAAAGGGCGUCUGUCGAUGGGUGCCCAAUAUUUUGAAAUGUCCAGUAUUUGCAUGCUGUAAGUAUUCGUAUUCUUAUUGUUAAUAUUGAAUAAGAAAUAUCUUUCUUUACUGCUCCACCAUCUGUUGUGUCUAGAUUUAGAAACACUAUUUUCCAGCCAUAAACAAUAUUUUUAUUUUAUAUAAUUUGAAACGAGUAAAUAUUUGUAAAAAAAAAUUCUGAGAGCAAGUUGCAUUCUAUGGACAGAAAAGAACUUUAUUCUUUUAUUAUGUCAUUUUGAAUUUGUAUUAAUCUCCUCCAAUGUAAAAAAAGUAAAUUAUGAUAAAAAGACAUAAAUUUUGACUUAUGUCAAAAAAAUAAAAAAAAAACCAACAGAGCAUAGCCAAUAUGCAACAAUUAUGCAAUAGAUAACUUUCAUUAUAUUCAACUAGCCAAUAUUUUAUAAUACUAGAAUAAUUUACUUUAUAUAUAUAUUUUCGAGGUGGUAAUUUAACAAUGUGAAGUAAUUGUAGAAUUUAGCCUUUUUAUCAUUUAGGCUGAAUGAAAGAAAAAUAUUUUCAAAAAUCCAUUGCAUAUGCACAUAUGUAUACAUAUAUGUACAUGCAUAUAUAUAUAUAUAUAUAUAUAUAUACCCAAAAUGGUGAAUUCCAUAAUUGUCCAUUAUGCCAUUCUGAAAAAGAAUGUAAAAAGAAAAAAUUAUUAAAUGUAAAAAGGGGCAUUAUAUGGCAUUCAACCAGAUUUUUCAAUAUUGUACAGUACAGAUUGACAUGUAAAUAUUGAUCAUUAUAGAAGAAAAUUUAUCAUUUCCACUUUUACAUUUAUUAAAUCAUCAUCCUUCCAUUGUGAUUGACAUUUUGUACAGUUUCCGAUCAGAUUUUUAUUGUUGGUAAUCCAGAUUUUUCCUAAUCUGGUGUAUCAAAUAUGUUUAAAUAAAUUGUACAUUUGGCUUCCCUCA